UUCUGGGCAGCAGGUUGGGCGGGGCGGUCCCGGUGUAGGGGUGCCGCUCUCGUGAGCCACAGGCCUGGCCACAGAGGCUGCUGGCGCGAGGUGGAGUCACUUGAAGACUCUGGGGUCUUCUCUGGCAUUCCCCGAGCCACAGUUGGGGAAACCGAGGCCGGGAAGCUGAAAGAAAGAGACAGGGUUCACUGUCUGCCCCGCGGGCCUCCUCACAGCCCUCGCCAGUUCUCUGAGGUGAUGGCUUCUGGCCUCGGGAGUCACAGUGACAACAGUAGGAGCCACCAUUGAUUCUGCGUCUGCUGGGUGCAAAGCCGGGAGCUAACCCUUUCCUCUCGUCCUUUCACUCACCUUCACAAUAGCUCUGCGAGGUCUCACUAAGUGUCCGAGGCUGGCCUCAAACUUGCAAACUUGCAAUCCUCUUGGUCUCCUGAGUACUGGGAUUACAGGAUCGAACCCAGGGCCUCGAACAUGCUAGGAGAAUGCUCUACUGCUGAGCCACAGACCCAGUCCCGGGCUUGGGACUCUUGAUCCUCCUGCCUCGGCCUCCCAAGCCACUGGGAUUACAGUGCUGAGGAUUGAUCUUGGAGCCUCAUGAAUGCUAGAUUUGUGGAUAGUCAUAGCCUCUGCCACUGAUGGGAAGUUAUACCUUGUGUUGGUGCUGAAUCUCCCUGAAUAUGAUUCGAAUUGCAGCCUUAAAUGCUAGCUCCACAGUUGAGGAUGAUCAUGAAGGAAAUUUUAAAAGUCACAAAACCCAGACGAAGGAGGCUCAGGAAGCAGAGGCUUUUGCCUUGUAUCACAAAGCUCUGGAUCUGCAGAAACAUGACCGAUUUGAGGAGUCUGCCAAAGCCUACCAUGAGCUUCUGGAGGCACGCCUGCUGCGGGAGGCAGUUUCAUCUGGUGAUGAGAAAGAGGGAUUGAAACACCCUGGGCUGAUACUGAAAUAUUCCACAUAUAAGAACCUGGCUCAGUUGGCAGCCCAGCGAGAGGAUCUGGAGACAGCCAUGGAGUUCUACUUGGAGGCAGUAAUGUUGGACUCAACAGAUGUCAACCUCUGGUAUAAAAUUGGACAUGUGGCCCUGAGACUCAUCCGGCUCCCCCUGGCUCGUCAUGCUUUUGAGGAAGGGCUGCGGUGCAAUCCUGACCACUGGCCUUGCUUGGACAACCUCAUCACUGUCCUGUACACCCUCAGUGAUUACACAACGUGUCUAUACUUUAUUUGCAAAGCACUGGAGAAGGAUUGCAGGUACAGCAAAGGGCUGGUUCUCAAGGAGAAGAUCUUCGAGGAACAGCCUUGUCUCCGGAAGGACUCUCUCAGAAUGUUCCUCAAAUGUGACAUGUCAAUUCAUGAUGUGUCAGUGAGUGCUGCUGAGACAAAGGCCAUCGUAGAUGAGGCCCUGGGACUUCGGAAAAAGAGGCAAGCAUUGAUUGUGCGGGAGAAGGAGCCAGACCUGAAACUGGUGCAGCCAAUCCCCUUCUUCACGUGGAAGUGCCUUGGAGAGAGCUUGCUGGCUAUGUACAACCACCUCACCACCUGUGAGCCCCCACGACCCAGCCUUGGCAAGAGAAUUGACCUGUCUGACUACCAGGACCCCAGCCUGCUGCUAGCAUCUUCCAUGGUGGUGACGCCUGUCAGUGUGAUCCAGCAGAGCCCUGUCAACACCAACCCAGCCAUAACUGUGGCUGAGCCUGUGCUCUCCUAUACCUCUGUGGCAACAGCUAGCUUCCCACUGCACAGUCCCAGCUUGCUGGAUACAGGCACUGCUGUGGGUGAGCAGGCCUCUUGGAGUCCGCUUCUGGAGAGACCCUAUUUGCUGACCUCAGCAGGAAUGAGAGCAUUGGUGUUCCCUGGCCUCUCCAGGGAGAUGAGAUAUGCUGAUCCUCAUGGCAUAAGUGGAAGCGAUGUUUCUGGGGGAGAUAAAUCCAAGAAAGGGGUAAAGCGGAAGAAGAUUUCAGAAGAGAGUGGAGAGACUGCAAAGCGGAGAUCUGCCCGUGUCCGAAACACCAAGUGUAAAAAAGAAGAGAAAGUGGACUUCCAGGAGCUUCUGGUGAAAUUCUUGCCAUCCAGGUUAAGAAAGCUGGACCCUGAGGAGGAAGAUGAUCCCUUUAAUAACUAUGAAGUCCAAUCAGAAGCCAAACUGGAAAACUUCUCAAGCAUGGGGCCUCAUCGACUGUCCUUUGACUCGGCCACGUUCAUGGAAUCUGAGAAGCAGGAUGUACAUGAGUUCCUACUGGAGAACCUGACCAAUGGGGGCAUUCUGGAGUUGAUGAUGCGCUACCUGAAGGGCAUGGGCCACAAGUUCCUGCUGAGGUGGCCACCAGGCCUGGCAGAGGUUGUGCUCAGCGUCUACCACAGCUGGAGGAGGCACAGCACCAGCCUGCCCAACCCACUGCUAAGAGACUGCAGCAACAAGCACAUCAAGGAUAUGAUGCUUAUGUCUCUUUCCUGCAUGGAGCUCCAAUUGGACCAGUGGCUGUUGACCAAAGGCAGAAGCUCUGCAGUGUCUCCUCGUAACUGCCCUGCUGGUAUGGUGAAUGGCAGAUUUGGGCCUGACUUCCCAGGAACCCACUGCCUGGGUGACCUCCUGCAGUUGUCAUUUGCCUCAUCCCAGCGUGACCUGUUUGAGGACGGCUGGCUAGAGUUUGUGGUCCGUGUUUAUUGGCUGAAGGCUCGUUUCUUGGCACUGCAGGGAGACAUGGAGCAGGCUCUGGAGAACUAUGACAUCUGCACAGAAAUGCUCCAGAGUUCCAUUGCCAUCCAAGCAGAGGCAGGGGCUGAGCAAAGGGACAUUGUUAUCCGGCUGCCCAACCUCCACAAUGACUCCAUCGUUUCCCUGGAGGAGAUUGAUAAGAACCUGAAGUCACUAGAACGGUGCCAGUCCCUGGAGGAGAUUCAGCGGCUUUAUGAGGCAGGUGACUACAAAGCUGUUGUGCAUCUGCUCCGCCCCACUUUGUGCACCAGUGGGUUUGACCGGGCUAAACAUCUAGAAUUUAUGACUUCUAUUCCUGAGAGGCCAGCCCAGUUGCUUCUGCUACAGGACUCCUUGCUCCAGCUGAAGGAUCACCAACAGUGUUUUGAAUGCUCUGAUGUGGCUCUGAACGAAGCUGUCCAACAGAUGGUGAAUUCAAGUGAGGCUGCAGCCAAGGAGGAGUGGGUAGCCACAGUGACCCAGCUGCUACUGGGCAUUGAGCAGGCACUCUCUGCCGACAGCAAUGGCAACAUCCUGAAGGAAUCGUCCUCCACCACUGGCCUUGUCCGGCUCACCAAUAACCUCAUUCAGGUCAUCGACUGUAGCAUGGCUGUGCAGGAAGAGCCCAAGGAGCCCCAUGUCUCCUCAGUGCUACCCUGGAUCAUCCUGCACAGGAUCAUCUGGCAGGAAGAGGAUACCUUCCGUUCCCUGUGCCACCAGCAGCAGCUUCAGAACCCAGUAGAGGAAGGUGCACUGGCAACAGGAAUGUCAGAGACGCCAAUGCUCCCUUCCUCCCUCAUGCUGCUCAACACAGCCCAUGAAUACUUGGGAAGAAGGUCCUGGUGCUGCAAUUCAGAUGGGGCUCUGCUACGAUUCUAUGUGCAAGUUCUCCAAAAGGAACUUGCUGCCUCCACUUCUGAAGACACACACCCCUAUAAGGAGGAGCUGGAGACAGCCUUGGAGCAGUGCUUCUACUGCCUAUACAGCUUCCCUAGCAAGAAGAGCAAGGCCAGGUACUUAGAGGAGCACUCAGCCCAGCAGGUGGAUCUUAUAUGGGAGGAUGCCCUGUUUAUGUUUGAGUAUUUUAAGCCCAAGACCCUUCCUGAAUUUGACAGCUACAAGACCAGCACUGUAUCUGCUGAUUUGGCCAAUCUCCUGAAAAGAAUUGCUACCAUUGUGCCCCGUACAGAGAGGCCAGCACUGAGCCUAGACAAAGUCUCUGCUUACAUUGAGGGGACAUCAUCUGAGGUGCCCUGCCUCCCAGAAGGGGCUGACCCCUCUCCUCCAGUAGUAAAUGAACUCUACUACCUCCUGGCUGAUUAUCAUUUCAAAAACAAGGAGCAGUCCAAGGCCAUCAAAUUCUACAUGCAUGACAUCUGCAUCUGCCCUAACAGGUUUGAUUCCUGGGCAGGCAUGGCUCUGGCCCGGGCCAGUCGCAUUCAGGAUAAGUUGAACUCCAAUGAGCUGAAGAGUGAUGGACCAAUCUGGAAACAUGCCACACCUGUCCUGAACUGCUUCAGGCGGGCCCUGGAGAUCGACAGCUCUAACCUGUCCCUGUGGAUUGAGUAUGGCACCAUGUCCUAUGCCUUGCACUCAUUCGCUUCACGCCAGUUGAAGCAAUGGAAAGCGGAGCUGCCUCCUGAGCUUGUGCAGCAGAUGGAGGGCCGGAGAGACAGCAUGCUGGAGACAGCCAGGCACUGUUUUACAUCGGCAGCUCACUGUGAGGGCGAUGGUGAUGAAGAGGAAUGGCUGAUCCACUAUAUGCUAGGCAAGGUGGCUGAGAAGCAGCAGCAGUCACCAGCCGUCUAUCUGCUGCACUAUAGGCAGGCUAGCCACUAUCUGCAUGAGGAGGCUGCCCGCUACCCCAAGAAGAUCCACUACCACAACCCACCUGAGCUGGCCAUGGAGGCCCUGGAGGUGUACUUCCGGCUCCAUGCUUCCAUCCUGAAGCUCCUGGGAAAACCCGAUUCUGGGGUUGGUGCAGAGGUCCUGGUCAACUUUAUGAAGGAAGCUGCAGAAGGACCCUUUGCCAGGGGUGAGGAGAAGAAUACACCCAAAGCUUCAGAGAAGGAGAAGGCCUGCCUGGUGGAUGAGGACUCCCACUCUUCAGCUGGGACACUGCCGGGCCCCGGAGCCUCCCUCCCCUCCUCCUCUGGCCCAGGUCUGACAUCCCCACCUUACACAGCCACUCCGAUUGACCACGAUUACGUCAAAUGUAAAAAACCCCACCAGCAGGCGACGCCGGACGACCGAAGCCAGGACAGCACAGCCGUGGCGCUCUCAGACUCCAGCUCAACGCAGGACUUCUUUAACGAGCCCACCAGCUCACUGGAAGGCUCCCGGAAACCCUAUGCAGAGAAGAGGUUGCCCAUGCUCAGUGCCCAAACAGGACCAACUGGUAAAGACCUUCAGGGGGCCACAGAUGAAAGAGGAAAGACUGAGGAGUCCUCAGAGAGCACAGAAGGCUUCCGGGCUGCAGAACAUGGAGUCCAGAAACCUGCUAUAGACCCCCUGGCCUCUGGUUGUAUUCCUGUCAAGGCCCCAAUGUCCACACCUGCUUUGUGGGAUGGGAAGAAGAGGGGUGAACCCCCAGGGGAGCCAAUGGCCUUCCCCCAGGGGCUCCCAGCUGAUGCCGAAGAACAGCGCCAGUUCCUCACAGAGCAGUGCAUCGCCUCUUUUCGCCUGUGCCUGAGCCGCUUCCCACAGCACUACAAGAGUCUCUAUCGACUGGCCUUCCUCUAUACCUACAGCAAGACCCACCGGAACCUCCAGUGGGCCCGAGAUGUGUUGCUAGGCAGCAGUAUCCCAUGGCAACAACUGCAGCACAUGCCGGCACAGGGGCUCUUCUGUGAGAGGAACAAGACCAAUUUCUUCAAUGGCAUCUGGCGGAUCCCUGUGGAUGAGAUUGACCGGCCGGGCAGCUUCGCCUGGCACAUGAACCGCUCCAUUGUGCUGUUGCUUAAGGUGCUGGCCCAGCUCCGGGACCAUAGCACCCUGCUGAAGGUGUCCUCCAUGCUGCAACGGACCCCAGACCAGGGCAAGAAGUAUCUACGAGAUGCAGACCGCCAGGUUCUGGCACAGCGGGCCUUCAUUCUCACUGUGAAGGUGCUGGAGGAUACACUGAGUGAGCUCACAGAGGAGUCAGAACGCCCAGGGCCCAAGGCCUGUAGCCUCACUGGAGCCAGGAUGACCACCGAUGUCUCACACAAGGCCAGUCCUGAAGAUGGCCAGGAGAGCAUCCCCCACUCCAAGAAGCCCCUUUUGGCUGAGGGCUCAGGACCAGGUCCCGAGCCAGGGUGUAAAAUUGGCCCACUCAACCACCGGUCCAUGGCCAUGGAUGCAGGAGACAGUGCAGACCAGGGCAAGGAACAGAAGGACAAGGAGAGUUCCAGAGGAGGGCCUACUGAGCCUAUGGACACGGGUGAGGCUGUUAUUCAUCGCCCAGACUUGGAGCGGACACCAGCUGUGCUGCCGGGUCGCCCCCCAAGGGACCGGGGCCCUGAGAGCAGGCCCACUGAGCUGUCCCUGGAGGAACUGAGCAUCAGUGCCCGCCAGCAGCCCUCUCCAUUCACACCAGCCCCACCAGUCUCCACUACCAACUCUUCCCCAACCACUGCCACAGGGGCCAGGGGGGUCAGCCAUCCUGAGGAGCCACCCCCACGGCCCAGCCGCAAGAGGAAACUUCUGGAGGAUACUGAGUCUGGCAAGACACUCUUGCUGGAUGCCUACCGUGUGUGGCAGCAGGGCCAGAAGGGUGUGGCUUAUGACUUGGGCCGCAUUGAAAGGAUCAUGUCAGAGACCUACAUGCUCAUCAAGCAGGUAGAUGAGGAGGCUGCACUGGAGCAAGCUGUGAAGUUCUGUCAAGUCCACCUUGGGGCUGCUGCCCAGAGACAGACCUCAGGGGACAUGCCUACCACCCCCAAGCACCCUAAGGACAGCCGAGAGAACUUCUUUCCUACAGUGGUAAGCACCACAACACCUGACCCUAUGCCAGCUGAUGUGCUCCAGCGACCCAACGACAUCCACACCAAACCUCGCCCUGCACUGGCUGCUGCCACAACUGUCAUCAGCUGCCCUGCCUCAGUAUCAGCCUCUACUCCAGAUUCAGCCAAGGACCCUGGGCCCCCCCAACCACACAGGCCCGAAGCCACCCCCAAUGUGGCUUCUCUGGGCCCAGAGGGAGAAGAGCUGGCAGGAGUGGCAGAGAGCACUGGCUUCCCACUUCAGGAGCCACGACGCAGUCAACAGGUGAAGACGGCCCCCACAGGUCCCCCAGUAGAGCCACACUGCUGGACAACAGAGGCUACCCCCCAGAUAGGUGCUGAGCCCACCUGCAGCCAAGCUGCCAGCUCCGAGGUCCCCAGCAGUGGGAGUACUCAGCCACCUGAGGGCCAUCCAGGCAAGGCCGAGCCCAGCCGGGCCAAGUCCCGCCUCCUACCCAACAUGCCAAAGCUGGUGAUCCCCUCGGCCACCACCAAGUUCCCUCCGGAGAUCACCGUCACACCGCCCACCCCGACCCUGCUCUCCCCUAAAGGCAGCAUCUCGGAGGAGACCAAGCAGAAGCUAAAGUCGGCCAUCCUGUCUGCCCAGUCAGCUGCCAACGUGAGGAAGGAGAACCUGUGUCAGCCAGCUCUGGAGGUUCUGGAGACAUCCAGCCAGGAGUCUUCACUAGAGAGUGAGACAGAUGAGGAUGAUGACUACAUGGACAUCUGAGGAAGGCCUUCCAGAGCCCCACAGCCACACCCAAGGGGACAGAGUGGGCCUGGAAUCCCCUUUGGCCCAGACCCUGAGCAAGGCCAGAAACCUAAGUGGGUAUUAUUUCCCAUGCAGCCUCCACCGCCCACCAGCCCUGUCUUCCCAGCAUCCUGCUGUUCACAGAUUGGGCUGUCCACACCCACAGUGUGGGGGCCCAGAGGAAGAGGAGGAGGCCCAAUUUAGCCCUGUAAGGAUGGAUUGGUGUAUCUGCACAACAGGGCCAGCAUCAUUUUCUAUGAAAUGUUUGUAAACAUGCUCAUACCUAGCCCAGCAGGCUGUAUCUACAACCUGACCCCAGGACAAAGUGGGUUCUGCCUAGAUCCCAGUGGAGGCAUCACCUGGGCCAGGCUUGCCUCACACCUUUUUUUUUUUUUUUUUUUGCGGGAGGGGGGGGUGUUCUUUUUUAAU